CAUUCUGAUUCAGGAUUGGCAAGAUAACAUAAUUUAUAAAUAACGGAUAAUUAUCCGUGUAAAUAAUUUUGACAGAUAAAUGCAUGACAAGUGAUGCUUCUGUCAAGCACCAGGUGUUCUAAUAGAUUGUGUAACACCUGUCUUUCAUUCCUGAUGCAACAGUCUGCAAGAAAUUGCACGAAUGCCCGGCGAUGGAUAGCUGUGGCGGUUCUAUUCUCACUGUGUAUGGUAACAUUCUUCCUGUUGGGCACCAUGCGUCUUCCACCACACCUCAACCCAGACACAAGCAAAUGGUUACCAUAUAAAGCACAGCCAGUCAAAGACAAGUUAUGGUUUGAGCAUUCAUGUUUGAAGACUGGUACACCAGAUGUAUUUGAAGAUCUAGAGGUCAUGAUGACUGAGUGGAGAAAGUCCAAAGAUAAAGAAUGCAGGAAGCUGUUUUUCACAUUUCUGAAGUUAUUCAGGCUAACAUUCCAGGAGGCAGAAAUAGUUAUCCCAGAUGCUUUCUCUUCAAAAGUUAGAAAAUGGCUUGGAAAUAAAGAAGAAUUAUUUGCUGAGGCGAAAAAGCAGACAAUAAUAUCAGUGUAUAACAGAUAUACACGUGAACAGAAUGUGUAUAACCCUAUCAGAAGUAAACGUCCGAUGUCUAUACCUAAAAUACCUGAACGACAAUACAUUGACCAGAUUGCUAGAGAGACACAAGACAGCUGUGAUUUCUGUAAAUAUAAAGACUCCACUGCCCAGGAUGUGUUUGGCCGUAUUGACAAUAAAUAUUCUUACAGUGCCUCGAACACGUUUAAGCUUGACCGAUGGCAUGCACUGUUUAUGUUAAAAUCCCAUCAUCCACAUAACUGGACACAAGAACAAUUCUUAGAUCUAAUGCUUACCAGUCAGCAAUGGUUUGACAAAGUGUAUAAAAUAGACAGUUCCUAUAAAUACCCAUCAUUGAUAUGGGACCUUCUACCUCAUGCAGGGGCUAGUCAAGUUCAUCCUCAUAUUCAUGGUUUCCUUGAUAAAGAUGCAUACCAAGGUGCAAUGGAGUUAUGGAAGAAGGCUGCAUUAGAUUACAAUACUGAAGUUCCAGAUCAUAAUUACUUCACAGAUAUCAUAGAGAUGCAUUCUAUAUUAGGUCUUACUGUAAACUAUGGCAAAGCUGUUGCCUUCGCUAACUUGGUACCAAAGCGUGAUAAUGAGAUUGUUAUAGUCAGUGAGAAGGCCGACAGAGAUUUUUACCUACUCUGGUAUUAUGUGAUGAGAGGUUUCUUGGAUGACAUGGGUGAAGGUAGUUUAUGUUUUAGUUCUGGCAUAGCUCUUCCAAGUAUGACUGGUGUGACUGGUAGUAAUUCACUUCCUGCUUAUGUACGUAUACUUACACGAGGGCCAGUAGCUGAUAUACGUGCUGACGUCAGCUCCUUAGAAUUAUUUGCGGCAUCCAAUGCGAACACUGACCCGUAUAGGGUUAUAAAAGUUAUGCAAAGAUCAGUGGAAAACCGAGGUGCUAGAUCAAGAUAGUGUUAUUAUUAUAGUGAAAAUUUGUCAAAUUUCAUACGGAAAAACUUGUCAACUGUUAUAGUGAAAAAUACUGUCAACUGUGAUUUAACUAUGGCCAAUGAGAUUUAGUGUAGAACAAUGUACGAAGUAUGUUUCUUGUGUAAUUGACGCGAUUGUUUCCAAAGAUUUUAGCUGACCUCAGCCUUUCAUUCAUAUCAUGUCUUCAUUCUUAUAGAAUAAUUACUCAUAUUUAUUUGCUAUUCCGUGCCAUUCUAGUCAGUGAUAUUUUGAACUUUCUUUUUGCAUAAAAUUAGGGUUGAGUUUCAGCCUUUUCCUAAUUGACAGUAUUGUUUGAAUUUCCCAAUUUUAACCUGAUUAUUACCCAAAAAUUCCUAAAGAUUUUUCCUAGUAUGCUCAUGUGUGGUUUUAUAUGAAAGUGUGUAUCAUCAUAUGAAAAAAAGUGUGUGUUUUAAAAAGUUGUUAAAUUUUUCUUGUAUCUUUUAUCAUGAAAAAAUAUGUAUUGUUUGUUGCAAAAAAAUGAAAAGAACAAAAAUCACUGAUUCUAGUGUAAGAUUUUAGUUCAAGAACAUGUGAUAAUCAUUUGUAUGCUGUGCUUAUUUUGUUUUAACCCUUAACCUGCCGAAUUUCUUAAAUGGACUCAUCCAGCUUCCAAUAUUUGGAAUAGUCCAUUAUCAGUUUUGGUGAUGUCAGGAUUGAAAUAUGAAAAUAGUCAACAAUAUAGAGCCAUGUCAGAAUGCUAAUCAAUUUUGAAGAUAUCAAGAUAAAUAAUAUGCGAUUGGUCAGUCAACAGUGAAGAACCUUGUCAGACUACACAGAAGUGCUGGCCGACUUGGCUUUAUACUGCUUGCAAAGG